ACAGACGUUACUCUCUCCAUUUAUCGAGAAUGAUCCGUAGUUAAGUUCAUGCGUUUCAUGUAAAACUCAACAAGAUCUGUUAUUUAGUUCAGGCGCAGUAAGUAGUAACAGACGUGUGUAAGCGCAGUACAUUGUCAAAAUAGCUGUACUACAUUACCAUAGUAAUUACAUUUAGAGAGCCUUCUCCUACAUUUUCUAACCUGCUGAUUGCCAUCUUCAGUAUUUAAGAUAAGCUAAAUUGCUUGUGAGUGGAAAUAAUCGAGUGAGUAUUUCAAAUACUUGUCAUCUAAAUUUGUGAUCACUAAUCCGAAUCAUGAGAAGUAGAACACCGUCACCGAGAGGUAGACGCUACGAUAGAUCACAAGAACGUGAUCGUGACAGACGAAGAAGACGCUCCAGAGAUCGUCGGCGUAGGUCGGUUGAAAGAGAACGAGAAAGGGACCGUGAUAGAGAUAGUGAAAGAUAUAGGGAUAGAGAUUAUGACCGCAGGGACAGGCACAGAAGAGAUUCUUACAGUCGCUCACGAUCCAGGGACAAGGAUCGUCCUGCUCCACGACCCAAGUUGAAAAAUGCAGAGCGUCCUGCAGUGUCUGAAGCGGAUUUAAUUGGAAAAACUCCUGAAGAACAGCAGAUGAUGAAAAUGAUGGGAUUCUGUGGCUUUGACACCACUAAAGGAAAGAAAGUUGAAGGAAAUGAUGCUGGAGCUGUACAUGUCAUCCUGAAAAGAAAGUAUAGACAAUACAUGAACAGGAAGGGUGGUUUCAAUAGGCCACUUGAUUUUGUUGCAUAAUUAAUCAUUAAUUCUUUAAUUAUGAGUUGAUAUUUAUUAGAAACAUAAAUAAUAAAAUAAUUGAUA